GUGUCAGUAGGGGCACUUGGCUUCUACGCCCUGGCAGGAUCCGUCAGUCGAAGAGUCGACCGCGCCGUAAGAACACCGUGGCUGGGUGCCAGCAGCGAUGUCACCGGUUUCGGGAGCGACGGUACUGCAGGUGUUCGCGUUCCUGCUUCUUUCUGGACAACUGGGCCGUGCUUCUCACUCAACUGAAGGCGAUGCGCUCCGCCCGAAGUCGUCCUCCGUGGCCGAUCAGCAAGCCACCGUGGAGGGCCUGCUGCGACGGCUGGUCCCCCAGUGGGAGUCCCGAAUCACGCUGCACGUCUUCCAGGGAGCCAAGGACCAGCGAGAGGACAUGUUCGUGUUGGAGACGUUCAACAACAGCGUGUCCAUAACGGGAUCGAGCGGCGUCGCGGUGGCCACGGGUCUGUACUACUACCUGAAGAAGUUCUGCAACGUUCACGUGUCCUGGUCGGGCACGCAGACAAAGACUGCCUCGGGCAAGCCGCCUCUGGUUCCGAAGCCAAUCGUGGUCAAGCUCAAUGGCCCGUUCCGCUACUAUCAGAAUGUGUGCACGGCCAGUUACUCCACGGUCUGGUGGAACUGGACACGCUGGGAGCAGGAAAUCGACUGGAUGGCGCUGAAUGGCAUCAAUCUGCCGCUGGCCUUUACGGGGCAGGAAGAGAUCUGGAAGAGGACAUUCUUGAAACUUGGUGUAAAGCAGGCGGAGAUUGAUGAAUUCUUUUCUGGCCCAGCAUUCUUGGCGUGGCAAAGGAUGGGAAACUUCCGCGGCUUUGGUGGUCCACUUCCGGAAUCGUGGCACGUUCAACAGGUGGCGCUGCAGCACCGCAUACUGCAAAGGAUGCGGGACUUCGGCAUGACACCCGUGCUGCCAGCAUUCGCUGGGCACGUUCCGCGAGCAGUGGAAAAGUUGUUUCCAAACGCAACCAUGUCGAGAACAUGUUGGCAAAACUUUGACGAAGAAUACGCUUGCCCAACAUUCGUGUAUCCAAACGAGACGCUGUUCGUCACCAUUGGAAAGCUGUUCUUGCAAGAGUACAUCGAAGAGUUUGGCACUGACCACUACUACAACACUGAUCUUUUCAAUGAGCUAAACCCUCCUUCUGGGAACAUAUCCUUUGUCCAAGCAUCUGGCACAUCAGUUUUCGCAGCACUGACCGAGGUGGACCCUGAAGCUGUUUGGGUCAUGCAAGGAUGGCUGUUCAUCAACGACCCUUCCUAUUGGACGCCGAAGAGGGCGAAGGCUCUGCUGACCAGUGUGCCUCAGGGAAGAAUGUUAAUCCUCGACUUGAGCUCCGAGCGACAGCCCGCGUACGAGCGGUUGUCCAUGUUUUACGGCCAGCCAUUCAUCUGGAACAUGCUGCUCAAUUACGGAGGUGUUCUGGGAAUGUACGGCUCGCUGAAAUCCGUGAACGAGGGUCCGUUCGUUGCCCGGAAAGCAAAUGACUCCACUAUGGCCGGGACCGGCCUGACACCGGAAGGUAUCAAUCAGAAUGAUGUGAUGUUCGAGUUCAUGAAUGAGAAUGCCUGGAGAUCGUCACCCGUCAAUAUCAGUGAAUGGAUAGAAAACUAUGUAUUAAGAAGAUAUGGCAAGAAGAACGUUAACGCCACUUCUGCAUGGAGACACCUUGCGGAAAGCGUUUAUGACUUGGAUCCAGCCACUCUUGUCAAGGAUCACGGCCAGUACACGCUUGUGGUGCGACCGUCGCUUCACCUCAAGAAUAAGACUUGGUAUGAUCCCGCAGAUGUUUAUGCAGCAUGGAGAGAUCUCUUGAACGCUGCCACGGAUCCCGAAAUUGCAGGACAAGAAACAUUCAGGUACGACCUCGUUGAUGUGACGCGCCAGUCUCUCCAACUGCUUAUUGACAACAUUUACGUCGAAGUUAGGAACUGCUUUUGGAAGAAAAUGAAGAGCGCUCUUGGGAGGCUAGCUGUCCUCAUGACAGAACUGUUUAAUGAUCUCGAAACUUUGCUGGCGUCUGAUCCGCACUUCCUUCUUGGAACGUGGCUACGUGAUGCACGAAGCUGGGGAAUGACAGAACAGGAAUCGGAUCGAUACGAGUACAACGCACGUAACCAGAUCACUCUUUGGGGCCCGAAAGGCGAGAUCCGAGACUAUGCAGCCAAGCAGUGGUCAGGGCUUGUGCAAAGUUACUACAUGCCUCGCUGGGAGCUCUUCCUGAAAUCGCUGUGGCAGAGUCUCGACGAGCAUCGGCCUUUCAACGAUACAUUGUUUGAAGAGCAAGUUUUUAAGCUCGUUGAAGAGCCUUUCACGUUGAGCCAAGAAGCAUACCCCACGUGGCCGCAGGGUGACUCCAUCGCCAUCAGCAAAGAGCUGCACAGAAAGUACAGGCCCAUGCUGGUUUGAAAUUAUCCAGAAGAAAAGAAUCAUCGCUUGCCUCAGUUAAUGAAAGGCGAACCACAACACAAUUUCGAGCCGAGCAUAAAUUAAGCUUCCUUUUCGGGGACCUGUAUACAAAGCAUGCCUUCGUGCCAAGUUUUACGCUCAAAAUAUCACUCGAUCCGUCACAGAGAGGACGGGAAAAAUAGUCUUUUUUCUCAAUGUCGCCGUCAUUAACGCUCACCGGAAAUGAAUGAUGCAGAACCCAUAACGUGAGUACACCAAAGCCCGUCCAAGCGCAACAACAUCAGAACGCACGCGUGGUUCCCGGAUGUGCGUCAUAUCCGGUUGCCGCCAGGUAACCUUAUCGUCUGCUAAUGGGCUAUUUGAAAGCUCCCGAAAUGUUGGGAGGUUACCAGCGUUGCGGCUUUGCGAAGAUUACUUAACUCCAUAUAUGCUACUCGCAUAUAAUGAAUCCAGCAAAUCUAAAAUUUUGUUGCAGCUGGUCUUCAAGAUCACGUGAUCACUUCCCGAUAUUAUAAGUAAUCUUGCUUUGAUUUCGUGCAUGGUGGAUGGCCAAGUGAAGGACUACAUUUGCAAAGUCGCGUUUCAAACGUUUUGAGAUAAGUGCGCCAUCGAGAGCAACCAGCUGGUGCUGACACUGGGUUACCCCAGUUUCGCUCUUCACAAAUCGAAUAAAGACUGUCAUCCCAUUCCGCAAGCUUGCUCUUCUGUCUUUAUGUUCUCUACCUAUUAGAGUGUAAACUUUUGCGUACUAAAGUGAAAGUUAAAGUGCAAUAAACUUCUGAAAUUAAAGUUUAUUCGUUUGUGAGAGUUUGCACACUUGGGAGAAGGGUGAGAGACGAGAGGGGUAUCUCUUCCACAAAACACACAAGUGGUUCCACAAGUGCAAAACAUUGCACUUGAAGGCACCACCGCAGACAUUUUGCGGUUCAUUGACCUACAUCCUGCAGCAGAAUAAAGCUACUAUAGGUACCGGCGUACCGACAAGAGAUUUUGGUGUGAUAUCAUCUCGGAGGCUCUGUACAAUUACUCGGAAUGACAUCGGGGCGUGCGCUGCUGGCAAAUACUACAACAGAAAUUGCCUCCACAGAAA